AUGGCUGCUAAAACCCAUGUGGAUAGUAGUGUUGGUGAACGAAGACUUCGUCCAAUAUAUGAUUGGCUGGACAUUGGCAAUAGUAAGAAGGCACUGCAGGAAGCAGACAAAGUUCUGAAGAAGCAGCCAAAUUUUCAAUGUGCAAAGGUACUGAAAGCACUUGCCCUUCUGCGUAUGGGCAAAAAAGAAGAAUGCAUCGAGCUUCUGGAGGCUGUUCGGGCAGAAGUUCCAUGCGACGACUCUACUCUACAGGCUAUGACAAUAUGUUACCGAGAAAUCCACAGGCCGGAGAGAAUAUGCGAAAUUUACGAAGCAGCUACAAAGAAAGACCCUACCAACGAAGAGCUGCUUACACAUCUCUUCAUGGCAUAUGUACGUGUUGCCGAUUACAAAAGACAACAUCAAACUGCCCUUAUGCUUUACAAAUUGAAACCGAAGAACCCAUAUUACUUUUGGGCUGUUAUGAGUGUGGUGAUGCAGGCAUACAAGGCAGAUGACAAACUAUCAAAGAGCAUUGUUUUACCAUUAGCUGAGAGAAUGGUUGAAAAAUUUGUGAAUGAAGAUAAAAUUGAGGCAGAACAAGAAGUUCAGUUGUAUCUUAUGAUUCUGGAAAUGCAGGGAAAAUACAGUGAAGCACUUGAUGUUGUGACUGGCCCACUAGGUGAAAAACUGGUAUCAUAUGUACAUGUCCCGUACAAGAAAGCUACUCUCCUCAUGAAGUUGAAGCGUUGGCGACAGGCCAAUCUCCUUUUCAAGCUAAUGCUGAAGGAAGACAUGGACAGGUGGUCAUACAUUACUGAGUACUUAUCAUCAGCAUUGAAACUAAUUGAUUCGGGCCAAGCAGACCCCAGUGAAGGGAUACCGGGUGCAGAUUCCACGCCAGAAGCAGUUCGGGACUUCCUUGCACGUCUGGUUCGAGACAACGAAACAAAACUACCACGUCGGCUACGGGGCCCUUACCUUGCACGUUUGGAAAUGUAUCGACUUAUGGCAGAGCGAGGUGAUCAUCCUGAGGCCCUAUUAGGUGACAUUGUGGACUUGAUGAUGGCGUACUUCAGAAAUUUCAGCGAUAAACCUUGUUGUGUGUCUGACUUAAAGAGGUUUGUUUCCCUUCUGCCCGAGGAUCGCCACCAGGAAUUUGUAUCUCAAGUGGAACAGACUGUUGGACUGCAGGGUAGAGAAAUGCCAGCAACGGUACGGCAAAUGCAACAACAUAUAAGUAGCAUACAGUUGGUGCGUACUAUGGGCCUACAUUCACAACUGACUGAUGGUGAAAGACUAGAAUUGGUAACACACUUACUCAGGUGUUACGAGCAUGGAAAGUGUUUCAACGCCGGCAGCCUGCAGACUGAAUUUGGGAGUAAUGAUUCAUACGCACUGUUGGCUGCACAUGUGCUGUAUGAAGCGUGGACUGUGACAAAUGACAGCUCUCAUCUCAGGGAAGCAUUAGACUUAUUGGAGUGUGUCCUUGCCUCAAGCCCAUCAAACUUUCAUGUCAAACUGUUGCUAGUCAAGCUUUAUAAUAUGUUAGGUGCAGGAGCAGCUGCACAGCAAAUAUAUGAUCUAUUGGAUAUCAAGCAUAUGCAGUUGGAUUCCCUGGGUUAUCUACACUGUUGCCACCUCUACACUGCUGGUCAGUUAACAGCUGCCAGCACCUUGUAUGAAAAUACACUGAAAUUUUUCAGCGGUAAUUACAAAGAUAGUGUGGACCACCUGACCUUCUCUUACAAGUUUGGCUCAUUCUUAAAGAUUGAGGAGUUUGUUGAGUUUAGGGAACGACUGAACAAUUCAAUUCACUAUGCAAUUAUCUCAGUGGAACAAAAGCUACUUGAGCUUAUGAGUUGUAGAUCGCAUGCUCAGACAUCAGUUUUUGUAACAGCAAUGGAGAUAAAUCCAGCAAAAGACAAAAUAGAUUGGAACAGUUUACAAGAUAAUCGUGACUUGACUGUGAUGCUGUCAUGGGAGCCUGUUUCAAGGCAGAUGUCUCCAGAAAUUGUGCAGCAGACGUUUGCUGAUGAAAAGGCUUUCUUAAAAUUUCGUAGUCUGAUUUUGCGGUGCCUGGGUGCUGCAUUUUCAACAGUUCCUCAGUCUGCUGAUGUUUGCUGCCAAGGUCAUCAUGGAAAUUCUCACCAUAAAAGCAACAGUCAAAAAGCUCAUAUGAACAACAAUAACAACAUUGGUGGUAGCAACAGCAACAACAAUGCUGACAUCAUGAAUGGAGAACUGGACUGUGAUUCAAGGACCCUGUUAUCUUCUCUCACAGAUGAGCUAAUGGAGCUACAAGCAGAACUGGAACACAGGAGUUCAGUGAAAACACUUAUGGAUGUGGUCAGUGCGCCUUUGCCAUCACGAUUACAUGGCUACCUGAGCUGCCCAUUGUACAUACAACUCUUGGUGGAGAUGUUGCGGUUAGUAUCUUCGGUAUCUCGUGGAGAUGAUGCAAGUGGUCAAGCCACAAUGUUUCUUUGUGGUAAAGCUGCUGGAUUAGCAGAAGCUGCUGCCAUGCGAGUUUCCUCAAGAAUACGUUCUGAAGAAUCCCUUUCAGCAAUGGAGCAACUUGGCAACCGUCACAGUUUGUUGGAGACUGCAGUCAUAACUAUUGAGUCUAUUAGCCUGGCAGUCCUACUUUGUGGUGUUUGUCAUAGUCACCUAAAACCAUUAGUUACACCUGUUCCAAAGAAAGGAAAGAAGAAAAAAGAUGCAACAGUAAAUCAACAGGCGCAAGCACCACCAGUGCCAACGAGGCAGCUGAUAGCAUUCGGUCAACUGGUGCGACUUCUGGGUGAGGCAACUGAUGAGUUAUCAGGUGCUCUGGAAUAUUGGCGUACACAGCAGCUGGCACCAGAAUUGGAUGCUGUGGUGACAAUCUCAGAAGAAACUAAACAACAUAAGAAUGUUGUCAAUACUCGCAUUUCUGAUAGUCAUCGUGGUUCUCUUUCAGAGCUUUUGCAUGUACUUGACAUUAAGAGGAAAUAUCUUGCCUCCUUCGGUAUUGGCACCGUCUGACUCAAGUCACAUUCCGCGUGAGAUCUAUUUGCGCGGAUGUCAGAUGCCUGUAAUGCCUAAAUCUGUAGGGUGGUAGAUCUCUCCGGACAUGACAUCGAGAGUGGUGGAAGCUGACACAGUUUCCAAGAUUAAGAAUUAGACAUGUAUGACGUUGUCUGGGUGUACAUUGCCCUGUGAGUAUCUGGUUACAGUAUCCAUUUCUGUUCAUAUUCACAUGCUGCAUUAUUGUAAUGUGAUCUCAUUCAAAGAAUUUUGAUUUUAACAUGUGGCAUGCCAGACAUUUUACGAGUGAUUAGAUUUAAUCUCUGCAAAAUGUGAAAAAUAAUGGAAAUGCCAAGCUGUGUUUUACAAAUGAAUCAGAUUUGAACACAUUUCCUUCUGAAUGUAUAGGUACCAAGAGGACACACAUUGUUUGUCACAGAAUCAGAUUAGAUGUGAUAAAUGGUCCAUAAUAAUGGUGAAAUAUGGGAUAAAACUAUGAGAAUCAGUACAUAUAUAAUUCUGUCUACAGAUGGUGCAAAAAAACUAAUUGGCAAAUUGUGUUUGUGUUUAACACAAAAUGAAAGCUUGUUCAUGCUCAGA